AUGAUUUAAUUCCACUAAAUCUUUAUGUUCCUAAUUUCGAUAAUGAGUCCUGUUGUUGGAAGUGAAUUAGAAACUUUAAGUUUCACUGAAAAGCAUAUUUACAUUAAUGAUUUUAAGCAUUAUGUUUAAAAUGUAAAUUUACAUCAUUAUAAGAUUAUGAUUGGAUUUAUAGGUGCUAUUGCUUAAUACCUUUUUGGUCGUUCAGUUAUUGAAUAUUAUAAUCCAAUGCCUAAGACAAAAUUAAGAGUUUAGAAUAUUUUGAAAGAAAUUCGCUAUGGAAUUCCUUAAUUGAUGUUUGGAAGCUCAGUAACAAUGGUAUUAUAUUUAAAAUUACUAAGACGUUUUAUUAUUACAUUUAUCCCAAUACUCCAUAUUAUAAGUAUUUUGAAAUCAAUGAAUAUAAAUUACUUGAUUUAUUUUCAAUAAUAUUUCAAUGGAUUUGGAUUACAUAUAUGUCUUAAAAUUUUAUAUUUAGUUAAUGGUUAUUGGAUUCAUAGGAUGCUACAUUUAAAAUAUUUUUAUUAAUACAUCCAUUGUAUUCAUCAUUCUUUUAAGCUUUCUAUUAGGUACAUUGCUUCUUCAUUCAUCUGAAGUAUUGAUACCUAUCCAUCCUUUAUAAACAAUGAUUUUUGGGGGUUUAUAUGCAAUUAGAGAUAUGUUGGCUCAUGAUGGAGGGUAAGAAUCAAAACUUAAUGAUAGUAAAUUGGAUUAUGCUGACCAUUAUAGGCAUCAUUUGUAUUAUGUUGUAAAUUACGGUCAUCCUAUUUUAGAUUAUUAUUUUUGUACUUCAUACAAUCCAGUAAAAAUAAAAAAUAAAUUGUUAGAAAAAUUAUCCGAUUAAAGAAAAAUGUUCCUAUGUUAGUGAAUUUUAAAAUAAAGAUCAUCCCUUAUUUUCUAAGUAUUCAUGA